GUAAACAAACCCUUGUCGGUUUAAUCGUCAACGCAAUUCAAACAAAUCGAAGACCUCAGCAAAGGGAAGUGUGGAAAAGACAAUAUUCCCUGAGUGACAAGCAUCGGCCCUCUCUCCCUGAACAAAUAUUAUAAAGCUGAACCAUGGACACGAAAGGCGAGAGUCGAAAAUCGAUCCUAAAGCAAGGAGACGACAAGACAAUAGCGAAGAAGCGGCUGUCCUUCGCCAGCAGCGCCAUGGACAGCCCCAAGGGUCCCAGGGUCUCCAUUUACGACAUCGUUCCGACGAAUAUAAAGAAGCGUUUUCAGGACGAGGAGGACAGUCAGAACAAAAUAAGCAAACAAACAGACACAACUGAACCAGCCAAACACAUCACUUCAAGAUCAGCUGAACUUCAAGCUUCCAUUGAAGUCACCCAUGCUUGUCAGUCCAUAAAAAUCACAACCCUUGGCAUGUGUUAUAUGCCACAAAAAAAGAAAAACAAUCUACCCAUGCAACAGCUGCCAGUGAUGCAAAUGAAAGACAAUAUGAGAAAUUAUUAUCAGACAUCUUUAAACAGCCCUUUUUCUAAAUCCCUGAAUAUUGUGAUAGCAGGAAACAAGAGUGUUGGUGAUAUCAUCAGAACCGAGAUGCUAUGUUAUCAAGCACAGUUAUCCAUGAGAAAAAAACAUGAGUCUGAUAUCAACUUGAAAGUGGAAAAUGCAGACAAGCCAACUAUGGAUAUGUUGCAGAAAGGAAAUUUCUUCAUUUUAUUAGUAUGUUUUGAAAUAUUAUCAAGCUUGCAAACCAUUUCAAAUGUCCUGGACAACUUGAGCAUAAUUGGGGCAAAGCCAAAUAUAAAUGGACUGGUGCUGGCUGUCUCUCCUUCUCGAGAGAAGUACAAAAAUGUUCUCACCCUAGAGGAAUUUCACAACUUUUUGGAUGAGCAUCAGCUUGUCCACUUUUGGUGGUCUAAUUCAGGAAGAGCACAGAGAAAGCAAGUUAUAAAGAAGUUACUUGAUCACAUCCAUACAAGUAGAGGUUUCACCUCUGGAACUUCUUGCUUAAUGAAGACUGUUGUAAUGCGAGGAAUCAAGGAGUACCAAGAACAAGAAGAAACUCUCGCAUAGUUUUAUAUACAAAUAAUACUGAUUUUCUUUUGCUAGAAGCUAUUGUUAUUUCAGUUUUACUUAUGCUUUCAACUUUAUUUCUCUCUCUAAUCAAACUGAAAUUAAAGUUUCUAUCUACAAUUGGUGAAA